UCGAAAUUAGUUCUUUGAAUGCACCGGACGCGGUCGAAGCACGAGCUUUGUGUUGUAUUUAAAAUCGCCCUUAUUUGGCCGGCAUUUUACGCGCGCUCUGUAUUUACAAUUUUCUGCAAGCGACGCGUGCAACAGGACGUAAACAAAACGCAACGAGCCACAUCAAACGGAUUUAAUCGAAGUACAAAUUAGACGAGUUACAGCAAACAAAAAAGUAAACAGAAAAACCGGUUGCAAAAAUAAAACAACAUCACAACAACAGCAACAACAAUAAUAAGCAGUAGCAACAGGUAAAAACACAAAAAAAAAAAAAAACGAAGCGAAAACAACACGCUGGGCUCUCUCAAGGCCGCUUCGCAGAGUAUAGUAUAACGACGAAUAGCUGAAAAUCGCUUUGGAGCGCGCGAGCAAAUCGGGAAUUAUGUCAGGGCGCAGAAGUCAGACACAGAUGGCGCCACCGCCGCCGCCUCCCAAGCCAAACAAGGCUCAGGCAACGUCAACGGCAACGAAUGGCAACGGUGCUCUGCCGAAUGGCACCGCCAACAACAACAGCAGUUACAACAGCAAUAAUAAAAGUGUCGCAGUCACAACGUCAGCGGAGGAAAGCCAAAGCCAAAGCCAGAACCAGAACAGCAACGCUCCCCAGAGGAGUCAGACACCGCCACGGACAGAGCAGGUCGUGAUGACGCCCCGGGGCAAAACCGCCAACAGCACCGUCAUUCUCAUCGAGCGCAAGCUCGUCGAUCAGAUCAAUGAUCGCGUCCAUGUCGCUGGCGGCGAUCACACUGGCAUCAUCAUCAACAAGGACACCAUCGCCGGACAGAAGAGCGCCAGCAAGGCGGCGGCCCUUUCACUCGAGUUCCGUGUCUUUCUGGUCAGCGCCAAUACGGGAAAACAUUCGCAGGAGUCGCGCACGUUGCGCUUCUGGUUCCGCGAUUGGCUCACCAACGAUGAAAAGCAGGCUCACAUUGCCCAGGACUUCUUCAAGGAGCUCGUCAGUCCGCAGGACUUUCCCAGAGAUUAUGUUGGCUUUAUCAAGAAGAUAAUGAAGCUGUUGCAGCACGGUUACGCCGAGAUACAGUCCAUUGAGAUCGAGCUGCGCAUUCUGGAGGAGACGUCAGCGCCGCCGUCACGUCCGCCUCGCGAUGGCUACAUCAUCUAUUGCUAUGGCGACUGCAAUCGCAAGUUCGAGGAGGCGCUCUUGGCUCAGAAGAAAACAGGUGAUGGCGACAAUCUGAUGAAGGCCAUUUGGCUGGACAUGUACACUGAUCAGCUGAUCUCGUUGGAGGAAUCACAAUUUGAAUCUCCGCCAUUAACACAAGAGAAGGUGCUGGAACUCAUCGAGCAGGCUUAUCCGAAUCCUGUUUCUCCCGAGGACUUGGCCAAGGACUAUGGCUGGAGCGAGCAGGAUGUGCUGUUGGUCAUACAAUCGCUGCAGGAGCGGGGCCUUAUUAAGCUGAUGGAAUACAAUGCGUACACGCGCAUUGUUUACGAGGACAAGGAGAUCAAGGUGGUCAAACAGAUGCCGACGAUAGCCUCGAAUAAGCAGCCCACCAUUGCCAUCAUUACCGCGCAGUAUUGCGAGAAAUUGGCCGUCGAUGCCAUGUUGGAGAACAAGGAGACGUUUGUCCGUUAUACCACAGUCGAUUCCGAUCCCAAUCUAACGAACUCACUCAGAAAAUCCAAAAAGAAAGGCCGAUUUGGCGAAUCAAAUGUUUAUACCUUGGGCAACAUUGGAGCACAUCGAAUUGUGAGCACAAAACUGCCAUCGGUGGGCAGCACACGGGAGGCGAUGACAGCGACUGGCAAUACCACAACCCGACUGCUGGGCACAUUCCAAAAGGUCGACUAUGUCUUCAUUGUGGGCGUGGCCGGCGGUGUGCCCCACUAUACCGACUACAAGAAGCAUGUGCGACUUGGUGACGUUGUCAUCUCGUAUGUGGACAAACAACGUGCGCUGAUCAACAGCAAGGAGAAACCCUACGUCUAUGUGUACAAGAGUGGCGAGGACGUCAAGACCUAUUUCCCCAUCAACGAUUCACUGCAACAGAUUGCCGAGAGUCUGCAGGCGAAUAUGGAAGUGAAGCGACCCUGGGAGAGAUAUUUGAAUGAUGCCCAGAAAACGCUCGCCCAGCGGACGGAAAGUGACUUUGGUCGUCCCGAUGCCAAGACGGACAAACUGUUCAUGAACAUUGGCAACAACGAGGUCAUCGAAGUGGCCCAUCCAAUUGCCGCCGAUGAGGUUAACGGCGUCACACGACCGCGCCUGCAUUUGGGACCCAUUGGUUCGGGUCGUGAUCUGGUCCGCAGCGAUGAUUUGCGCACACAGUUUGCCCGCAAAUUUGGUCUGCUCGCCACGGAUGUGGAGAUGAGCAAUGUCCUCGACAGCAUCAUUGGCAAUUGUCGCGAGAGUUUCAUUCUGGUCAAGGGCAUUUCGGAUUACAAGGAUGGCAUGUCGACGCGCAAAUGGCAGAAUUAUGCCUCACUCUCCGCCGCCGCCGUUGUCAAAUCUGUCAUCUGUGGCAUGGAUGCGCCGACCAACGUUUAAAUUCUAUAAAAAAAAAGAAAAAAAAACUAAAAAAAAAUGAAAAAAACAACUUUCCAAAACUCCAUUUUGAAUUCAGCGCAUUUAGCUAUGAUUUUACUUUUACUACAUUAGUUUUUUUUUUGUAUUAUUUUAUAAAUUGAUGGAUUUAACGAUUUUCUUUUCUGUAUUCUGUACGUCGUUUUUAACCAAAAGUGAAAAAACCUCCAGAAGAUGGUGGAGCCUGCAAGUAGACCAAAAUGUAUGCGUUGUCCUAAUACAUACUUCAUACAUACGAACUAAUCCCAUAUGUAUUGAAUAAUUUCUUGUUAUUUAUUUGUUAUGCUUUUGUACUACAUACCUACCAUACAAAUAUAUAUAAUAUAUAUACAUACAUUUACACAAUAUGUAUGACACAGGCACAUGACGUAUAUACAUAAUAUAAAGAUGUAUAUACAUAAAUACAUAUA